CAUGACCCGCCCCGGAGUCAGCCUGACCAAUUCCAAUAUGGUGGCCAGCUUGGCAGGUCUUCGCUUGCUGUUGAUGGUAUUGUUGUCGUGCGGGAUCCGGUUGGGCUUGUGCGACCAGACGGCGGCGGCGCCGGCCCCGCCGCCCGUCGUGCGCCUGCGCCCGGAGGACCCCGCGGGCCGCGUGUGGAUGAAGGCGGGGGUCAUCUCGGCGCCCCGGGGAUUCUCGUUCAAACUGCGGCUCUUCGGCACCGGUCUGAGGAACCGGACCUGGCCGUGGCUGGCCUUCGCGGCCGGGGAUGCGCUCGGGGACCCGUGCGGGGACGACGACAGACGGCGGCAGGCCGCCUUCCAGGUGAAGCAGCCCUUCGUGGCGGCGGCGGCGGCCGAGGAGGAUUGCGGCGGGCUACUGACGGUGGAGGUCGAGCCGGGGAGCGGUGGCGGCGGCGGCGGCGGCGGCGCCGAACAGCAGAACCUCCAUCACGUGUGCGUGGAGAGCGGUGGCAUAUGGACCUCGGCCGGUGAGGACAGGCUGCGCGUGGCCGCGGACGAGCCUCUGCCCCCCGAGCCCAUCCCCGCGUGGGGCCUGGCGGUGUUGGUGCCGAUGCUGGUGCUCGUCUGCGGGCUGCUAAGGACGGUCCAACUCAGCUUGCUGUGGCUCGACCCGGUCGAGCUUUACGUGCUGCACAGCUGCGGUUCCGAGGAGGAGAAGCGCGCUGCCAAGCGACUGGAGCCGGUCAGGAGGAGAGGGAACUUCCUGGCGUGCUCGCUGCUCUUCCUCUGCGUCCUGGGUCACUCGGCCUCGGCGGUGCUGCUGUACCGGGCGUUGGGCUCGGUGGCGGCGGCCACCUUCGCCGCCGCCUUGGCGCUCUUCUUCCUGGCCGAGCUGCUGCCCCACGUGGUGUGCUCCGGCCACGGCUUCCGGCUGGCCCCGGGCCUCACCUGGCUGGCCCAGGUGAGCAUGGUGCUCACCUGCCCGCUCUCCUGCCCCUUGGGCCUGGUGCUGGACCUGGCGCUCAGGCGUGACAUCAGCACCUGCUGCAUCCGCGAGCGGGCCAUGGAGAUGGUCCGCACCAGCGUCAACGACCCGUACAGUGAGUUUGUGAAGGAGGAGUUCAGGCGCGGGGCGCUGCGCAGCAAGACGGUGGAGGACAUCUUGACGCCGCUGAAGGACUGCUUCAUGCUGCCCAGCUCCACCCUGCUGGACUUUGCCACCAUGUCGGACAUCAUGCAGAGCGGCUACACGCGGGUGCCCAUCUACGAGGAGGAGAGGUCCAACAUUGUGGAGAUCCUCUACGUGAAGGACUUGGCGCUGGUGGACCCCGACGACUGCACGCCCAUGACCACCAUCACCAAGUUCUACAACCACCCGCUGCACUUUGUCUUCAACGACACCAAGCUCGACGCCAUGCUGGAGGAGUUCAAGAAAGGAAACUCUCACAUGGCCAUCGUGCAGAAGGUCAACAACGAGGGCGAGGGCGACCCCUUCUACGAGGUGCUGGGACUGAUCACCCUGGAGGACGUCAUCGAGGAAAUCAUCAAGUCGGAAAUUUUGGACGAGUCCGAUGGCUACCUGGACAGGAAGGUGAAGCGUCCUCUGCCCCCCCUGGAGAUCCCCCUGGAGCCUCGGGCCACCCCCGACGAGUUCUCGCUCUUCAAGACGCCCGAAGGCGAGCCCAAGAUCAGGACGUCGCCGCAGCUGCUGCUGGCCACUCACCGCUUCCUCUCCAGAGAGGUGGAGCACUUUGGCCCGGCGCGCGUGUCGGAGAAGAUCCUUUUCCACCUCCUGCGCCACCCCAGCGUCAACCAGGAGGUGCACUUUGAUCCGAGCAACCGCCUCAGCCCCGCCCACUAUCUGUACACGCGCAACCACCCGGUGGACUACUUCAUAUUGCUGCUGCAGGGUCGAGUGGAGGUGGAGAUCGGCAAGGAAGGCCUGAAGUUUGACAACGGCGCCUUCACCUAUUACGGCGUCUCGGCGCUCACGCUGCCAUCCUCAGGUCAGCGUGGGAACUGCACCAACACUCGUAGGCUCUUUUUCCCCCUCCCCUUUACACGUGUGCCUCGUACAGUCCAUCAGUCGCCGGUGUCGAGUCAACGUCAGUCUCCGCGAGAUCCGUUUGAUGCGCCCGAGGCCACCACGCCGUCCACUUACUGCCCGGACUACACGGUCCGAGCGCUCACCGACCUGCAGCUGGUCCGGGUGACCCGGCUGCAGUACCUGAACGCCCUGAGGGCGUCGCGGGGCGGCGGCGGCGGCACCAGCCCCGACCCGCCGGAGAUCAAGAUCCUUCCCAACAGUCACACCAAACUGCUCAACGAGAGGAACGCAGCAGCGGCGGAGGCGCAAGCUUGCGCAGAUGCAACAGAAAUCGACCGAGACCAGGAAGAAGGCGGCGGCGGCGGCGAGGCCCGUGCGUAGCGAUGGCCUCUUUAAGCAGCGUUGGCCCGAUUGGACGAGACUGCGCUCCAUUUCGUUGAUGUCAUUGUAGUUAUCAUCAUCAUCACCAUUCCGUUUUGUAAACACUGUGUGUACAUUUGUAGUAUUUGCUUUUGGUGAAUUGGGCUGUUGCCUUUCUUCCAAGUUUAACAUUGCCAUUGGUUACUUUUGCUGUUUGCGUGCCAAACGAUGAGUGCGUGCGUGCGUGCGUCCGUCCGAUCAGAAAGCCAGCCGCUCGAUCUAGGCCGGAUAGUCACGUGACCGGUCGGGCUGGUUUCCGUGGUUACGCCCAGGGGGUGCUCGGCCUUUGGCGAUGCCAAGUGCUUGAUAGGAAUUUUCUUUGCCAAACAUCUCACAGGACAAACACAUUGAAUCUUGAAGGACACUUUCAAAAGGAUCUCAUUCCACAUUUGAUUUGUGCUGAAGUUGCUGUAGCUAGCUAGUGUCAUUGUAGUUGUCGUUUUGUUUGUUGCAACAACAGUUUUGAUUGCGUGGGGACGUUCUGACUCCUCCCUAACUGGAAGCCCAAGCUAGCACCUCGACCCUCGUCCCAUUUUCCCUCCGCGUGAGUGUUAGCAUCAGCAUGCUAACUGAAUGAAGUCGUAGCCCACAUUGCAUUGCACAGUAUUUUAUUUUAUUUAUUAUUUUUGGGGGGGCACCAGCUGACUCUAGUUCUCGAAACGAAAGCAUGCCAAAGCUAAUGAGACAACCUGGAAGCUAACAUGUCGCUUUGGACGUCCUUUGAGUGGACUUGACCUAUUGACCUUGGACCAUAAUCCAACGGGCUAACUUUAGCUCUCUUGCCUUUGCUGGUCAUUACUAAGGUACUGAGGCUAAGAUAGUUUGGGGCUCUACUAACAUUUGUCACCUUGAAGAGAUCUUUUGAAUGGGUCACCAUCUUGUGCGCAUUUAACAGGCUAAGAGAAGAUAACCUAAGAUACGGUCGGACAAUCGACGUUGCACAAUUUAACAAGGCUAACUUUUGUUUUGGUAGUUUUCUGAAGGUGAAUCCAAUGACAAACUGAUUAGCCUGAGUAUCACGUUGCAUGUUCUCUCAUUCUGUGUGUUUGUUCCCCCUCUUGGAACAGCGGAAAAUCUUGCUUGAUAUCAAGAUUUGUUCAAAUAGUUUGCUUCUUUUUUUUGUAUAAAAAGUGAAUGUAUAAAAGAAAACUGUCAGCCCGGGGUGCAAGUAUUUUCAAGUUAGACAAUGUUUUUUAGAGGCGCUUGAACUUGUUCAAUCACGUUACCUUUUUAUAGUUUGACCUGCAGCCGCCAUGUGUGAUUUAAUACUUUGAAUGAUUCCAUUUUCCUAGGAAAUAAAGUCAACCCUGUUCUAAAUUCA